AUGCUUCCUCGUUUUUAUCUAUCAGUAACCCGAGCAUCUGUAGCUAGAACUGCUAUCCACUACUUCAGUACACAGGAUGAGUUCACUUUGAAGGAGUUUAGUGAAAAAUAUUUGGGAUAUCGAAAGGCAGUGUUCACCGAAAAGCUUGAAAUCACUGAUCCAAACAAAUUACCAGCUAUUCCUAUCUAUCGAGUUACAAAUUCGCUUGGGAAUAUUGUCGACGAGUCUCAAGAUCCAAAAUUGGACAAAGAAACUUCUCUGAAAAUGUAUCAUGAUAUGACGCAGCUUAACGUUAUGGAUCGCAUUUUGUACGACUCGCAGCGUCAAGGACGUAUCUCAUUUUACUUAACCAACUUUGGUGAAGAGUUCGUUUUCUUUUCACAACAGGGAACACAUAUUGGCUCUGCUGCAGCAGUUUUGGACAAAGACCUGAUUUAUGGACAGUAUCGUGAAGUUGGCGUAUUGAUGUGGAGGAAUUUCCCAUUGGAAAACUUAAUGCACCAAUGUUACGGAAAUUGUAAAGAUAUAGGGAAAGGGCGACAAAUGCCAGUGCACUAUGGUUCAGUUGAGCAUAACUUUGUCACAAUUUCCAGUCCACUCACUACACAGUUACCUCAGGCUCGUCUUUCCCUUUGGGAUAGGCUAUGUGUACAAAUUUGA